AUGUCAUCGAUGAUUCCUGCUACCGUUGUAUCACCACAUUCAAUCAAUACAUUGGAUCGAAUUGCUUUUUGUAAAAGUGUUCGUGAAAAACGUAAACAACUUCAAUUGAAUCAUCACACAAAUGAAAAAGAUGAUAUGAAUUCAUCUACAGAGAAUGCCUUUCUCACACAAAUGUUGCAAUCAUCGAAUUCUUCUGCAACAUCUUCAUCUGGUUCGUCAUCAUUGAGUAUUUCGUCACUUUUACGAAAAGGUAAUUACUCAUCACCGUCAUCUCAUCGAACAGCGACAAGUACUCUGACAAAUAUCCUACCAGCUUUAUUAAAUGGCACACUACAAUCACCACCUACUGUUUCACCAACCAGUACCUCGAUGAAUGUUGUUACUUUAAACUCUCCGACAAGUACAAAUACAACAGAUACUCUUGUUGACAUGAAAUGUUCGACAUCAUUGCCUGUUUCACCUGCCACUCAUAUGUUUCAUCACAAUCAACCUCAUUCAUCAUAUAAUAAUGUUGAUAUUUCAACAAAUUCCUCACCACCACGUUGUCGAUCUUAUCCAAUGGCUGUUCUUACUAAACGUUCAUCGUCUCCUACAUCUACUGUUUCACCAAGAGAAACAACUCCAGUCACACAAUCAUUUCCAUCUCCAACAUCAUAUCUGUUAGCUACAGCUUCAUCAUGUCCUUCAUUUGUAGCAACAACAACAACAAAUACAAUAAUUUCAUCAACAUCUCCAUCACCAGAUGAUACAGCACCAAAAAUUGUUCGUUCAGCUUCCGUAAAAUCAUGUGCAUCUGAUUCAGGUGUUUCAUCGUCCAGUCCAUUGUCAGAUAAUAAUAUUGUACAUGUAUUUCGCACAAAUCAAAUUGAACCAAAUCAUCAACCACAAAUACCAACGAGUAGUCGAAAACGUAAAUCACUUGCUCAUUUUUAUGAUGAAUUAAAUAAAGAUAAAAAAUUCUCAAGUGAAGCAACUGUUUCAUCUGGUUUUGCAAUGCCAACAUCGACAACAAAUAAUAACAUUCCAUAUAGUCAACAAGAAGCAUUAGCUUUUGGCUAUGCUCAAUAUGCACUUAUGCAUACUUUAACACAACAAUUUCGUGCUAAUUAUCCUGCAGCAUUUUUACAUGCAGCAGCAGCAUCAGGUUAUUUACCAUUACCACAAUCAAUGAUGGCUGCUGCUGCUGCUGUAGCUGCCGCUGCUUCAGCUAAUUCAAAUAUGAAUGGUAAUAAAUCAUCCAAUACAGAAAAAUUUCGUGAACGUCGAAAAUAUCAACAACAGCAGCAACAACCAGUGCCAGAAAGUGAUAAUAAUAAUAAUCAUAUGCAGUCAACACCAUCGAUUAAUGAUCAACCAUAUCGUCGAGAAACAUAUCAAACAUUACUUGAAAGUAGUCGUCUAUUAGGACAACAACAACAAAAGCUACUUAAACCAGUACCAAUUGAUCUACGUAAACAUAAUGGUACACAUCGAACAAAUGAUAAUAGUCCUACUCCAUCAAAUUUUCGUUAUUCAUCCUCAUCAUCAUCAACAUCACCACCAAUUUCACCACCAUGUUUAAGUCCACCAAAAGAACCAAUUAAUGAUUAUAUAUGUAUACCAAAAAAAUUAAUGCCUGUUAUUGGUGCACGUAUUAAUGAUUGGCUUGAACGUAAUGUUAAUUUUUCUUUAUCACUUUCUGUUAUACAAGAUACACUUGAUAAUAAUAAAGAUAGAUAUUUACUUCUAUCACGUAUAUGGCAUCGUUUAUUAUUAACAAGUAUGAUUGAAAAUAGUUUUGAAAUCUAUGUUACAAAAGAUUUACAAAUAACAAAUGAUAUUUUAUUAUCUUCAUCAUUAUCAUCAUCAACAAGUGUAACCUAUCCAACUGAAAAUGAUGUUAAACAAAUUGAAUUAUUAAUUACCCGUGGUAAAACAUUAGAAAUCGAUGAAAUCGGUUUUAAUCUUAUACGGGAAGUCAUUAUUUAUAAAGAAGGUAAAACAUUAUUUAAUAAUUUAACUGGAAAUUUAUUUGAAAAAGCCGAAUGUCACGCACAAGCUCGAUUAACAACAUGGUGUUCAACACGUGUUAAAUAUUCUAAAAUAGUCUUCUUUUUAUGCAAUAUAUAUCAAGUUAAAGAAGAUAUUUUUGAAAAAUUAUUUUGUGCUGGUUCAAUGCAUCAGAGUGUACCAAUUCAUAUUCACCUUCAAAGAUUUUUAGAAUCAACAACAUCAAUGGAUACCUAA